AGCUGGUCCUUUCUGUACUGUAUGGCUGUCUGUUAAGGGUUUCAAGACCACGGAGAAAACCCUCCGAACAAAACUAGAAUUAAAAGGAAAUGCUGUCCUUCUGGGACGUGGCCAUUGAUUUCUCUCCAGAAGAGAGGGAAUGCCUGGAGCCUGCUCAGUGGAAUCUGUACAGGGACGUGAUACUGGAGAAUUACAGUAACCUUGUGUUCCUGGGUCUUGCUGUUGCUAAGCCAUAUUUGGUAACAUUUCUGGAGCAAAACCAAGGGUCUUCAGGUGUGAAAAGACAAGCAUCAGCCUCCAGUCCUCCAGGAACAACAGGCAAUGAAUUUAACAAUCACAGCGAGCCCAUUGAUCACACCUCUCUUAUGCAAUGCCAGAGGAUUCACACAGAAGAGGAGCCCUACUACUUUGAAGAAUGUGGUAAAGCCCUUAGUUCUCAGGCAACACUUUCCAUACGCCAGAGACGUUACAUUGGAGACAAACCCUACAAGUGUAAAGAAUGUCAUAAAACCCUUAGCAGUCGCUCAUCACUUUUAAUACACCAGAAAUAUCAUACUGAUGAAAAAAACUACAAGUGUGAAAAAUGUGGCAAAGGGUUUUUCCGUUCCUCAGAUCUUCAGCAUCAUCAAAAAAUUCAUACUGGAGAGAAACCAUACAAAUGUGAAGAAUGUCACAAAGCCUUUCUUCAUCACUCAUAUCUUAGGAAACACCAGGCAGUUCAUACUGGAGAGAAACCCUACAAGUGUGAAGAAUGUGGAAAUUCAUUUUACUAUCCUGCAAUGCUGAAGCAACAUCAAAGAAUUCAUUCUGGAGAGAAACCUGACAAGUGUGAAGAAUGUGGAAAAGUCUUUUCCUCUGCUUUCUUCCUUAACCAACAUAAAGGAAUUGAUUCUGAAGAGAAAAGGUACAAGUGUGAAGAAUGUGGCAAAUCCUUUUGCUAUCGUUCAUAUCUUAGGGAACAUUACAGAAGGCAUUCUGGAGAGUAUCCCUACAAGUGUGAAGAGUGUGGCAAAGGCUUUUCCCGUUCCUCAAAGCUUCAGGAACAUCAAACAAUUCAUACUGGAGUCAAACCAUACAACUGUGAAGAAUGUGGCAAAUGCUUUUCAUCUUUUACAUCCCUUAAAAGACAUCAGAUCAUCCAUUCUGAAGACACUCCCCAUGAGUGUGUAGAAUGUGGCAAAAGGUUUUCUAGUUCUUCCCGCCUUCAGGAACACCAAAAAAUUCAUACUGAAGAGAAACCAUACAAAUGUGAAGAAUGUCACAAAGCCUUUCUUUAUCACUCGUUUCUUAGGAGACACCAGGCAGUUCAUACUAGAGAGAAACCUUACAAAUGUGAGGAGUGUGGAAAAUGUUUUUCUUCCUUUACAUCACUUAAAAGACAUCAAAUCCAUUCUGUAGACACUUCCCAUGAGUGUGUAUAAUGUGGCAAAAGCUUUUCUAGUUUUUACCACCUACAGGAACAUCUAGAAAAUCAUACUGAAGUGAAACAAUACAAAUGUGAAGAAUGUCACAAAGCCUUUCUUUCUCACUUAUUUCUUAGGAGACACCAGUCAGUUCACAUUGGAGAGAAACCCUACAAAUGUGAUCAUUGUGGGAAAUGUUUGUUCUCUUCUUCAACCCUUAAAAGACAUCAAAUAAUUCCUUAUGAAGACAGUCUCUACAAGUGUGUGGAAUGUUUAAAGCCCUUUGUACUGUCAACCCUUAAGAAACAUAAGUUUGUUCAUUCUGGAGAGGAGCCAUACAAGUGUGACAAUGUGGGAAAGCCUUGUCUUCUAAUUAUUCCCUGAUUCAGCACAUGUUGUGGCAUACUGGAGUGAAAUCUUACUAGUUUGAAGAAUAUACCAAAAUAUUUUACUCUAAUUUACUACUGAAGAAACAUAAAAAAAUUUCAAUGUCAAGAGAAACCAUGGAAAUGUGAUCAAUGUGGGAAAAAAAGGCCUUUUCCAUUGACUAUUAUCUGAUUCAGCAUAACAUGGUACAUACUGGAGAGAAACAGCAAAAUUUGAAGAGUGUGCCAAAAUGUUUUACUCUAUGUUAGAGCUUACAUUCCAAAAUAUUCAUAAUGUAAAAAAAAAAAUACAAGUGUGAAAAGUGUCUCAUUGCAUGACCUUAUCUCUGUUUACCCACUAACUUAAUUAUUUUGAAAUGUUUAAUAUAUACUAUCCACCAGCAAAAUGCUAAGAAUGUAAUCAGAGGACAGCAGAGACGUAUCUUUGAAGUAAUCUCCCACCACUCUAUAAACCAGUGUGUUUGGAAUAUACCUUGAUUGAUAAAUUUCUUUCUUCUGUGACGAUCAGUAUACCAUGAACCUGUUACCAUGCUGUUACAUUGUUGUUUAGGUGACCUGAAUCUAAGUACUGGGCCAUGGUAUACUUAUUGUUGUUUUCCUGGUUGGAGAAACCCAAGCGCCUGUAAUAAUAUCUCAUGGGCUUUGUAAGAAGUUCUAUAAACUCACAUUUCUCACCAAAAUGGACUUUGGUGAAAUGAUCUGCAUUAGUGACAGCCAGCUUGAGGCAGAUGAGAAUUAGUGUUUGUUUCUCCAGGAAAUGCUGAAAGAACAUAUUGUCAGUCCUGUUUGGUUCCAGAAUAAUGAAUUUCUCAUCUGCUUUAAGAAAGGUGUGUGUGUGUGUGUGUGUGUGUGUGUGUGUGUGUGUACCAUCACCAUUUUCAUAGCAACAAAUUCACAUACCGUAAGGACCAAAGCCAAAUGCACUCACUGAGCAUAGAUGAUAGAUUUGAUUAUUGUUGGGACCUAGAUAAAAUAUUAAAGCCUAGAUAGAACAUUAGGGCCUAGGUAAAAUGUUAAGGCCUAGGUAAUAGUUACCUGGGUAGCCUGCCAUUAUAAGGAAAAUUUAUCAGAUGUUUCUGCUGUUACUAGGAAACUUUCUAACAAGCAGUUGAUGAAAUAUUCUGUUAUAUUCUCUGCUCUUGGAAACUACUGGCUAGAGAAGUCAGUAGAACUGUGUUAUAUAGUUAUCCACAAUAAGCUUGGAUCCCAACCAACCAUCCAACAGCACUGCCUGUGCCUCUUUAUACAUUUUUGUGGUAUAAGAUGCUCCUGGGAUGGACCCCAAUGUAAGAGACAUUAAAAAAUUUAAAAUACGCCUUCUAUUUUGAAUCAUACUUGAGGAACAUUUAAGUUCCCAAGACCUCCCUGGGAACUGACUUCUUACUUGGCAGAAGGAGGCAUGUAUGUGGAUAACUGACAUCCUGGUUGCCAAGACAUGAAUGUUAGGCCAGGUAAGCCCCUGACACAGUGGAAUACCUCAACCAAUGGGAGCAGGAUAAGUGCACAACAAAGACAUGUCCCUAAGGAAAUGCCCUAUCCCUAAAUCCUGAUGGUGAAAUAACUUGGCACAGAUGUUUGUAGAUUUGGGCUUUAAAAUCCUUGUAAAAUCUAAACUGAAUGUCAUUAUUCUGUUCCCAGAUCUGGACUGUGGCCCUGGUCAAUCAGUCCUGGGAUGUACGUUCAUUAAAGUAUCCUUGUC